UUGCCGAGGUCUGUGUUUCCACCCGAGUCAACGCAGAGCGGCGCACAGGAGAAAGCAGGCCGGCGCGGGAAGAGACGCCGUUACCACGGCAACCGCGAGCUGCUCAAAGCAGAGAGAGAGAGAUCACAUCCAUACUACUGAUGGUACAGCUGGACUGGAUAUGGAAGAGUGCAACUGCAUUGCAAAGGCACAGGAAUCAGAAAAUAUUGAAACAGAAAGUACUGAGUUGGAUUAUGCUCUCUCACCUGAAAGUUCAGAAAAAAAUUAUGAAGUUUCAACCCCAUUAUCAUCUUCAUCUGAAAUGUGUAGAAGUACCACUGCUAUAAAAAAAAGAUGUAUGCCCCCUUAUACAAAGACAGCUAAAAAAAGAGAAGAAAAACAAAGUGAACUUCUGCUUGGCCAUAAGAGUUCCCUGCAAUCAUCAGUGGUAUCAAGAAGGUCAUGGCUUCAAGAUGGUUCCACACAUCAGUUCAGUUCAGUUCAGAAAAGUGAUGGAGUAUCAAAACUAGUCAGCUACAAAUCAAACAGUACAAACAAUUUCUGCCUUAUAUCACCAUCCAAGAGAAACAGACCUGUCAGUGCUCCACCAGGUCAGCUAAGAUGCCGACCGCUUUCUUCAAAAUUUCACUUGGCCCCGAAGGCCUUUGAUAUGCCUCACUUUUUUGAGCGGCAGCCACAAAUACUCAGAGUAACUGCUUACAAGAAUGGUACAGCAAAUAUAUUUGCUAAAAUCGCUGUGCCAUCUUCUAUUACACUGUUGCUGGAAGAGUGCACUGAAAAGCUGAAGCUGAAUAUGGCUGCGCGACGAGUCUUCUUGGCAGACGGUACUGAGGCACUAGAUGCUAGAGACAUACCCCAUGAUGCUGACGUUUAUAUUUCGACUGGAGAGCCCUUUUCAAAUCCAUUCAAAAAAAUUAAAGACCAUCUGUUGUUAAUGAAGAACGCAACUUGGACAUUGAAUGGUCUAGCCUUUCCUAAAGGUGUCAGCAGAAGCCAAACCAAACCUGUGCUUUCCAAACGCAUGAAGAAACUGACAGUUAAGCCCUCAAUCAGACUUUUGGUGUUCAAGAACUGCGUGGGCCAGGAUGGUUAUCAGAUAUCUGCUGCCCCAAACCAAAUGGAAAAGUUUUUAGAUAGUUGCACCAAGCGACUGAACCUUACCUCAACAGCGAAGUGUGUCUAUAACAUACAUGGAGAAAGAAUUAUAGAGCUCAUAAAUGUUCCUCUGCUAGAUAAAUGCUUGCAAAAUUCCAUCACACCUUUGCGGGGACCUCUUUGGGUCUCUAAGGGAGAAGGUUUCAGCCCCUCUGGAGCAAAGAUAUAUAUCCAAGGAGUCCUAUUGGCCUUGCACCAGCGAUUAAAGUCUGCAAGAAACUACUGUGAACAGCUGGGUUCUGCCACCGAUGGCCAUAAAGAGGAAAUCACAGACAAAAAUAUUCUAUCAAUGAAAAAGAAAGAAUUACAUUUAGAACAAGAUGAAGUGAACAAGUUGAUUGAUGAAUUGCAGGCAGCUAUAAAGAGCUACAAAGGUCACCUCUCAAAACUUCUCCCUCAGUUACGGGCUGAACAAGAGCAAUGCACUUCCUAUGUCUACCAGCACAUUAAAGAACUUCCUGCAAACACACUUGUCUCACAAGGUCUGCAGCUAAAGGUUUAUGAAAAUGGCAAAGAUAUUGGGGAAACUAUUGUUUACAUCAGUAGAAAAGAGAUGGAAAGUACCAGUAAUUGUGGGAAUCAACUCAGCAUUAUGCUAGAAAAGGUACAGCACAUAAUUCACCAAAGGCUCCAAUGUUCAGCAGAAUUCAGACCAUCCUGCCUCAGUCGCUUUCCAACUCACCUUUUUGAUGAGACUGGACAAGAAAUUAAAAACCCACUUUUACUGCAGAAUGAGCAAAAAAUUUGGGUUUCUUAUGGUGAAGAUUACAGGUCUCCCUUAAAUCCUGUUCUGAGUCUGACCUUUGACAGAGUGACUGCAGCUGAAAAGAAUGGCAUCACAGUUAUUUAUAAAACACUUCUGGAUCCCACUGUUGAUUUGCUGCCUGGAAGUGACAAUUGGGAAGCUUGUAAUGGAUUCCCAGACAAUCUCAGAUUAACCAGUCUUCAGGAACAUCACACCUUGGCAGCUGUGGAUCCAAACAGCUAUUUUAUGCGGUCUAAGACUGAUCCCCAAAUGGUGGUCCUCGUGUCAGCAACUAUGGAAAAUAUGAAGAAAAACAUUCCCAAAAGAAACCAAGAUCUCAUACCAGCCAUACCAGCCUCUGCAUGCUUCCCACUUCCUAAUAUGUGGGCAAUUACAAAGACGGGAAUGAUUCUAAAUCGAGCUAUAGUACAAAGCUGUCUGGCGGUUGGUCAUCCAAUCAGAGCUGUGACGCAGGAUGGCAUACCUCUUGAAGGCUAUAAGUUAAACCUACAGAAAAGGGACAAAAACAAUAUAUAUCAGUACUGGGAGUUUCAAAAUAAUGGUUCAAUUCAUUCAAAGGCUUACCCUGAGUUUGUCCUGACCUACCUAGAGGAGCUAAAUGUAAGAGAGGAGGUGACCCAGACGGAAUACUGCACACACCAUGGGGCCCAGUCUGCAGUUCAUCAAGAGACAGAUAGCAACGCAGCAGAAGAGGUCAUGGUAUCAAGCCAGAGGCAGGAUCUACAAAUUAAUGUCGGGAACUGCAAUAAGAAGCAACUUUCAGGACCUUUGGACGCCCACUUAAUGCCCGAAGGUCCCUCAGGGGGCAACAGGCAGCUGACAGUGGCACUGGUGAGGAAACUAGAAGAGAAACAUCCUAAGGCCUCAGCUCAAAGAUGGGCCAUUAAGCAUGAAGGGAUAAGUAAACCUGGUCAAUGGAAACGCUCAAAAGUCGACAAUCCUUUGUGGAAUAAGCUGACAUAUAUGUGGCCUGUGCUUCCAAAUGGAGAAUUAAAUGAGGCUUUUGAGUGGCCCAUUGAAGGUUUGCUGAUUCCAAACAGUCCUCCUUUAAAGAAACCUUCUGCUAAGAGAUCAGAAAGCUAUAUGCCUUUGAAACUGAAGGUACUGAAAAAUGGAGAAGAGGACAAAAACAAAGCCAUCUUUAUUCUUGGAUUGGAUUGUUCAUCUAUGAUGAAAAAACAAAAAGCAGGCCCAGAAAAGAAACAGAAAAGAAGGACACUACCGAAGACUAGUGAAAAUUCAGAAAAGGAAAUAUACAGAGUAGAAUUUCUGCACUUUUUGGAACGGUGCACUGCGGCACUGAAAUUACCUUUUGCUGCUAGAAGACUUUUCACUGGAAAUGGGACGGAAAUCUUCCUUUUGAAAGAUUUGGAAAAAGAUCAGUUGAUUUAUGUUUCAUGUGGAGAACAAUGGAUUGAUCCGGAGUGGACUAUGGCCCAGAAGAAGAAACGUCUCCAACUUAGUAACUUGGUAUCUGACAUAACAGCGAUUCGUGCCUAUUGUGUCAUGCGGAACACAAAAAAUUUAGUUUUAGAAAUCAAGAAUGACAUUGCUAUUGGAGCUAAGCUUUCUGUGGAAGCAGCUAGAAUGGAGGUUGAAACGAAAGAAGUCGUUGAAGAGCCAGAUGAAAAACCAAUUGAAGAAAAGACAGAGAGAAGAGAGGACAACACAGAGAAGUGUCUGAAUUCACAUGCAAAAUCCCAUAUUAAAGUAGAUGCAUGUUAUAAAGCUGUGAAAUACACCUGGCAGCAAAUUUCCUAUGAUUUUGAUGAGAACUGCAGCUUUCACAAGGAAAAAGAUGAAGAGUUCUUUGAAGAUGCAGAGUUAUAUAAAAAAUACAGGUAUCAACAUAAACUGUCUGAAGAACUGGGAAAAAUCCAUCAUCAACAGUUUGAAUUUAGAAAUGGGAAAAUUAUCAAUUCCCACUUUCCCAAUCUUCUUUUGGGUGUAGAGAAUUCUGAUCUGCGUUCUGGGACUGAAGUGGUUUUGAUGGAAAAGAAGUAUGACAAUAUCAAUCAACACUGGAUAUGGAGAGAAGAUCGCAGGACCUUCCAUCAUGUGAAUGAUCCAACCCUAGUGAUGGCAGUAUCAAUGCCCAACAUACUAAAUGGGAAUUCAAAAAUUCCACAGGAAAUGCAAGUCUGGCCUGUUAUCCUUCAGAAAUACAAAGGAUGCAAAAAUGGAGCUGCUAAUCAAAAGUGGAAUUACAUGGAAUCUACAAAGGUUUUUACUGCCUUUUACAGCACUGUUCUGGAUCAAGAAAUUACAGCAGCAAAUUAUGCUUCCAUUUGCACAUUUUCUGUGACGAAUACAGAGAAAAUAGACCAACUGGGCUACUACUUUCUUUCACCAUCUGGAAAGGAGAAGGUCAUGAUAUGCUUGGCUUGUGCAAGAAGCUUAAGAGGAAAGAAAGAACUGAAAAAGUUGUCCCCUGGGACUGUGUUCUUCUGUGCUUCUGGUUCAGAGGGAGGGAAACAUUUAUCCGUGUGGCCCUAUAAGUGCCUUGAUGUUACAAAGACUGACUUAUCCACCUCCGAAGCUGAAUCUACCUUAUGUUAUUUAGAAGAAGUUCUAGCAUCUUUGAAGGCAGAAACCUCAUCACACAAUAUCUCAGAAAAGAUGUCUGCAGCUGUCAAUCAAAAAGCUGUAAAAAUAAUUGCAUACAAAAAUGGAACUGGUUACAAAAAUGGGCAACUAAUCAUUGCGAGUACCUUUCCACUGCUACUCUCUUUAUGCACACAACAGCUUGAACUUAACAGAUCAGCUUCUAGACUAUACACCAGAGAAGGGACUUUGAUCCUUACCCUUCAGGAUUUAGUCUUGUGUGCUGUGAGGGAUUACUUCAGAAAGCAAGAGUCUGAAGAAAGAAAAGAAGGAGCAACUGCUGUUCCUGGCCCCAGUGAAAAUGCAUCUGUGUUUUCUAUGAGAGAGAAAACAGAAGAGGAGGAAAUGAAGACCAAGUCCCCAUCAUCAGUGAUGACUCUAGAAGAUUUGAACUUGAUUGAUGAUGUUUUACUCACCAUCAUUCUUAGAAAUCCAAUUGAAGUCUGGGUUUCCAGUGGAGAACCUUUUCUGCCUUUUGACUUUUUGCAAAACAACAAGAGACAAGAACGACAAAAGUGGCUGGAGAAAGAUAAAAUUUUGGCAGACCUAGAUACAAUGAAGCACAGAAUUAGACAACUGCAAGGGCGGCGUAUAGCAAAAUCUGAAGCUGCUACUUUGGUACCUACUAAGAGCCCUCUCCAGCCUGUUGUUCUAGAAGGAGGCUGGACUGAAGAAACACAAGAAGAGAUGAAGCUCAUGGAAAUGAUACAACGUACAGAGAUGCAUCUUUCAGAGCUUCAAGCAUUACAGGUCAAAAGAAGUUCCCCAGUUUCUCCCAAACAGCUUAUAAAAGGUCAAAGAAGUCUCUACAAACAGCCUGCAGCCAAAAGAGUGUGGGCUUAUGCAAAUGGCGGUACAGCUGAGCAGGGAGCUCAUGCCUGGGGGAAAACAAUUACAGAGUUACUUGACAGCUGUACAGUGCAGCUAAAAAUGCCACAGCCUGCAAAUAUACUUUAUACAACUGUUGGUGAGAGACUGCAAACGUGGGAUGAAAUAGAAAGAGACAUGAUUGUUUGUGUUUCUGCUGGACAACCUUUUAUGAGCAGAAAAGCCGUGAAGAAUGAAGUAGAAAUUAGAGCACUUUAUGCCAGAAUUCGGAAGCAGCAAGGCCCAGAAUCUACCAACAUUAUUGUCUCACCAUCAGAAAAGAUUACUGAGAAGGUCAGCAUGAAUAGCUCUCUUCUUGCUCUUACCUACAAAAGUCACGCAGAUGCCACUGAUUAAUUUUCUACCACAGAAGUCCUUGGAUUCAUCUCGCAACCCUGAAAUGAAGAUGUCUACAAUUGCAGAGUUUCCAGAUCACUUUGAGUCUUAACAUGCUAACAAUGUAACACUUCAGAAGCAUAUUCUCCUUGUGUAAACGCUGCAUCGUUUUUCUGCACAAUUGAAACAAAAUAGAUAUGGUUCUUUGGGAAAUUGCAGGGUUUUGUUAUUAAGGUUAAAUAACAGCAAGCCUCCCUCUGAGUGUUAAAAUGGCUAAGCUCCUUGUUCUAAUUGGCUAGCAUUUAGUUCAUGAAACUGUCUUCAGGCGUUCUGCAUACUCAAUAGAUUCAGUAGUAUGUUAAACAAAGCUCUGAGAAGGAGAGAAAGGAUAUGCAACACACUGCUAAAAAGAAUACACUGAUAAGAAUAUUUGCUCUAUGGAAAAGAGCUCUAUUUGCUCUUUUCUGUUUUAAAUCAAUGUUUUUCCAUGAAGCUUGAAUGAAUGAAUACUUUUCUCCAGCAAUUCAGCAACUGGAACAUACAAUUUUCUUAUCCUUGCUACUAUUUUGCUAUUCUGAUUUUAAAUCAUGAAUAUGUUUUUGCCAAAAUUAUCACUUUUUGAACUCUCAGGAGUUGGUGGAAGAGUCCACCUUCUUGAAACAAUUAUCAUUUGACAGCCAUUUCUAUCUCUGUGCCAUAAAAAAAAAUAAACAACAGUGUUCUAUUGGUCUGCCUCACUCAUUUGGCACGUUUGCGUGGUUCAGAUGAAACUUUCCAUGAUUUUGCUUUGAAACCUCAGUUUUCAGAGCAAAUACAAGCCAUCGUUUUUCAGUGGAGAUGAAAGAGCUUUGCCUUAAACUAGGAUAGUAUGGAGGAACUGUUGAGUGUAGACGGUGUAGGUUUGAGUAGCCUAUUCAUUUCUAUAACACCAAACUUUUGCUAACUAGGCUUAUCUGAAAUUUAAGAAUAAAUCACCAAUGAAGCUUUCAGAAGAAGAGGGCCAUUAGGUAUGCUUCUUGUUUAUUCCAAGUCCAUUUGAAGAUGAAGAAUUUCUUUCACAUGCAAAGACAUAUCAUAGCUAGGACGAGCAAGACUGCAUAAGGUGGAAAUGAAAACUGACCAAUCAGUAUCCUUGAAUCACUUUGAUCAUGAGUCUCUCUAGAACAGGGGUCCUCAAACUUUUUAAGCUGAGGGCCGGUCCACAAUCCUUCAGACUGUUGAGGGGCCGGAUUAUCAAUUGAAAAAAAUACAAACAAAUUCCGAUGCACACUGCAUAUGUCUUAUUUGUAGUGCAAAAACAACAAGAACAACAACAAGAACAACAACGAAAGAACAAUGCAAUAUUUAAAAAUAAAAACAAUUUUAACCAACAUACAUUUAUCAGGAUUUCAAUGGGAAGUGUGGUCCUGCUCCUGGCCAAUGAGAUAGUCAAGUUAAUUAGGGUUGUUGUUGUUGUUGUUGUUGUUGUUGUUGUUGUUGUGUGCCUUCAAGUCAUUUCAGACUUUGGGUGAGCCCAAAUCUAAAAUUUAUUUAUUAUUUAUUUACUGCAUUUAUUUACUACAUUUGUAUCACACCCUUCUCACCCCAAAGGGGACUCAGAGUGUCUUACAAAUUAUAUGUACAUACAAUAUAUUAUAUUAUUAGCAUAGCACAAUAUUAGCAUUAUAUAUUACCAUAUUGAACUAUACCACUAUACUGUAAUAUUAUUAGUAAUAUUAUAUGUAAUAUAGAAUAUAUAAUUAAUAUUAUUAUAUGGUAUUAUUAUUAGUAUUAUAUUGUAUUACAUUAUAAUAUUAUUAUCAAUAUUAUAUGUAGAUACAAUAUAUUAUAUUAUAAAACUGAGGGCGGGGGCCAGGUAAAUGACCUCGGAGGGCCGCAUCCGGCCCCCGGGCCUUAGUUUGGGGACCCCUGCUCUAGAAUAUGCAUAGAAAUGGGCAUUGGGAUCCACAGCUGCCUAAGUGAUCAGGUAUGUUUCCAGAAAACCGUAGAGGCAUGGGUUAGAUUUAUUACAGAAGACAUGUGGGGUAGAGAACGACAGAGAGGAUCCGGUUUACAUGUAUCAUUCUAAUGCUGUCAUGUGAAUUUGCAAGCCAUGCAAAAAAAGUUAAUGAGCUCCUAAGAUUUUUGAGAAGCAGAAAUACGGUUUUUAAUUUUUUCUGGGAUGCUUAAGUUUCAUAACUCUCUCUCUCACACACACACACACACACGCCUGUGUUAUUCACAUAAUGGUGGUACUAGGAGUCAGCAAGAGUUGCUAGGAUCAGUAUGCCAUACAAAAAUGUUGGGGUAAGUCCUUCAAAAUGAAAAUUCCUUCAAGAGAACAUUGUGUAAUUCCUUUCAGAAUCUUUAACUUUUUAGUAAUAGGAGUAAAGGAUACCUUCAACUAUAGCUGAAAGCAAGAGAGAGACUCUACCACCAGAUGCUUGAAAAUACUGCUAGUACACACCAAGGCUCAAUGGCUUCUGUGCCUUCUGUGGUUAUGGUUUGGAAUAGGACUUACUCAUCGAGCUUGUUAAAUUAUCCCAGAGAGAGAAUGUGCAAGAUUCACUUUUGAGAAGAGGCCUGGACAACGGUUCUUCAUGUUCAUAUGCACUCAGAUACAUGAGGUCCUGGAAAUGGCUGUUAUCUUGAGCGCCAAGCAUCACCAAUCUGACUGCAGUCUCCUAUCCUCCAACACUUCUCAGAUAAAAAUGAGGCCUGGGGACAAGCAACAUUAGAGUGGUGAUGAAAUGGCUAAGGUGAUAAGUGAAGAGCGACUGCAGCAGCUUACUUUUGCCUGAGCCUUUUGUAAAGGGCACAACUCUACCCUCUCUUGUACUCCCCCCUCCCCAUUGAGUUAACUGAGAACAAACUACUCUUGCACUUGAAGUCAGUUUACAGCAAUUGAAGUAUGCUGGGUAAAAGUGGAAAGAAAAGAAAUUGGUACUAGCCAGAUUUGGACAAUUGUGAGGAUAUGUAGCUUCUAUGCUGGAAACAACAUUUUUUGUGACUAAUAAAUGUCUCUUCAGGUGCCUUUAGGAGGGCCACAGCUGAAGCAGAGGUCAUUAGGCCCUGCCCCAUCCUUAUGACCUUAGCAAUAUAUGCUAAAGCCUCAGGGCAUAAAGUUGACUGGGAACUACACCAAUGGAGGUGAAUUUGACAGCAAGAAUAGCUGAGAAUUUCAUAGGGUAUUCUCAAGCAAGCUAUUUUUCACUAGUGGUCUCCCAUCCAAGUACUUACCAGGCCUCACCGUGCUUAGCUCCCACAAUCAAACAGAUCUUGUGCCUUUAGAGUAGACAUUUUCCACUUCUGUGCUGAUAAAUACCAGUUUUAUUCAGACGUCAGUAGCAACUCUGUAUGAACUAGAGAAUUACCAGUAGCCUCACUGCACUCAAGCUAUUUGCAUUGAGUUCCUUGAUGAUAUGCCCCAAAGUGUAACAUAGUAAUAAAAUACUCACAGUGUGAUUCUGUUUAUUUCCUCAAGUGAAAAUUAAAGCAAACUGCCUCACAAUUUUUAUGUAUGUCUGCGAGUGUAUUGGGCUUUCAAUAAUCAGUCGUAUCUUUCUUAAUUAAACGAUGAGGCCAAUAACUUCCUUGUCCACAAGGUCUUAGCUUAACUCCUGCUUUUAAAGUAAUGCUUCAAAAGGCCCGUAAGCACCUAAUAUAACCAUUCAGUGUUGGCAGGGAGAGGGGAAGUCAGUCAGCUUGCAGGCUGUUCCGGGCCAUAUAUUUGGCACAUAACCUGAACAUAGUUAAGUGUCGCUCGGGUUUUACAGUCAGCAUGUAAAAAUAGCUACCUGCUUUUAUUCUUCUGUAAAUUUUUAUUUCGUGUAGCUGGAGACAAUGUCAAAAAGAAGAACUCUGAAAUAUUAAACGUGGGCAGUGAGUGCCAGGAGACUGCCCAAAUUAAGCUGUUUGCAAGCCAACAAAAUGUUUUGAAAAAUGUGGCUGUUGAAACACCACAAAGCAUCGCUACAUUUUCAUUUACUGUUAGUCAGCUACAUCCAUGAAUUUUCCCAGAAUAAAGGAAGAAUCUCCCACAAGCAGUCCAUUUCAAUUGUGUUUACAUUCCUUUUGCACUUAGCUGCUGGAGCAUCCACAACAUUUAACUUGUCACCCCUUUUUUGUUUUGUUUUAACAGAACAACAUGACACUUGCUGGUAGGUUCCACCGUAUCAUUAAAGAUUGCUAAACCUUU